AUGGUAGAAAGCAUCUCUGAGGCUUUAUCCUAUGUUUGGGGUAGCGAAAAUCAACCUCCCUUGCUGCACCUCCGAGACCAUCAGCUAAGAAGAAAAUUGUGGAUCGAUGCCCUAUGUAUCAAUCAGGAUGACGAUGAUGAGACGAGCGCACAAAUUCCACUUAUGCGGGCGAUAUAUGUGCAAGCUAAUUGUGUCACUGUCUGGCUGGGAGAAUCCAUAGAGGACGGCGGAACAGCGCUUAAAAUGAUUCGUCGUCUGGCCCUGGCAGAAGAUCAAACUCAAUUUGGAGCAGAAAAUGAAAUUUUUCAGGACGAAUUGUCAUCGGCUCGGAGCCAGGAGACAAAAAAUGAUAUAUGCCUGAAGCUUUUACAGCGAGCGUGGUUCCAACGAAUAUGGGUACUUCAAGAGAUUGGUGUCGCACGAUGCAUUUCUAUCAUCUGUGGCUCUGUGGAAAUGAACGGACAUGUUUUCUUCGAGGGUGUCAGUACUUUCUACAAAGCUCUAUUCACCCAGUCCUUUACCUUAUAA